AUGGCCGCCUCUCAGCGUCGUGCCGUGGUAGCCGAUGGCUAUGAGUCGCCCACUGAAGAGAACCAGCCGUGCUUCUUCUUUGGCGCGACUCCCACGGCGUCGGGGACGACCACGCCCGCCAGGAAAUCAUUAUCAGCUCCAAUUCCUGCAGCAGCUUUAUUUGCACAGGGCGCCUCUCGGCGUUCGCAGCAUCUUGCUCUCCAUCCCUCGGGUCGAGAUAUAAGCCCCGAUGCAGCCCAGCUUUCCCAUACCCCACCAAAUCUUGAUACCGUCAUUCUGGAUAAAGAGAAUCAGGCUAUGCCUCGCCGCGUAGGUCUGCGGGACCGCAUUGCCUGCUAUCAAUGGACUUUCUUCACUAUGACAAUGGCUACCGGAGGAGUGUCUAGUGUACUUCAUGGACUGGUUUACAGACCGGAAUGGGUAAACGGGUUUGGCAUCUUCUUCUGCCUGCUCAACAUUGUGUUUUUCCUUGCCAACUGUGUCUUUCUGUCUAUGCGAUUCUAUCUGCGGCCUGGAAGCCUUACUAAAUCCUUUACGGAUCAAGUUGAAUCUCUAUUUAUUCCUGCCUUUCUUAUUGCAGUCAUCCUUACCAAUGUCUGCCAGUACGGCGUUCCACAUUGUGGUGUCUGGCUCAUUAAGACAUUACAAGUCCUAUUCUGGAUAUACACUGGGCUGAGCGCCAUUGCUAGUGCUGGGUUAUAUCUCAUCCUUUGGUCAACGCUAGUAUUUCCGAUUCACAUGAUGACCCCUACUUGGGUAUUUCCUGCAUACCCCCUCAUGCUCACGGCACCGUUUGCCAGCAAUCUCAUCGCAGCAGCUUCUGACACUGGCCAUAUUGACGUGUUAUAUGCUCCCGCUAUUGCUUUCUCGGCCGUUUCCACACAAGGCACAGGCUGCUUAAUUUCUCUCAUGAUAUCUGCCGCCUUCAUCUAUAGAUUAAUGACCCAGAAAUUGCCCAGAGACUUUCAGCGACCUGGUGUUUUCAUUUCUAUUGGGCCUUAUGCCUUCACAGCGGGAUCAAUCGCACAGCUUGGUAGCGAAGCCAAUGUCAUCCUUCCGUCGAAUUUCCUCGGCACAGAGAAUAGUGUCGAUAUUGUGAAAAUAAUUGCUUUGCUUGUUGCCCUUUGGUUCUGGGGCCUUUCCAUGUGGUUCUUCCUGGUAUCUGUUGGAUCACUUUGGAAGUACUUACGGGCGCGGAAGGGCAUGCCAUUCCAGAUGACCUGGUGGUCGUUUGUGUUUCCAAACACUGCUCUUGUUACGGCGACCGAAAUCAUGGGAGACAUCUUUGAGAACAGAGGACUGCAGCUUUUUGGGUGUGCCAUGACGAUUGCUCUUAUUAUCGUUUGGAUUAUCGUCUUCUUGGCAAUGGUUACUUGUCUCAAGCAGAAGAAACUGCUCUGGCCGAAAUCAAGCUCCUAA